AUGGACUCAUACGACGGCUAUGCCUCACCAGGCAGAAAUCGCGAUGCGGAAUCCUUCUCCGGGAGAGCCCCGGGUGAGUACGGACGCCGAUCACCUGCCUCACAGGAUCGACGCCGGGCUCGUGGUCGUUCUCGGUCGCCCAUGAUUGAUCGCUAUGAACCGUCUGACCGCCGACCCAGAGAAGACUUCUAUAACACCUCCCGUGACCAUGCUGCUCGGGAGCGUGAGGAUCGCCGACGCCCGCCAUCUCCCACUGUCGCCAACAUCGAUCGUUACAUACCCGGCCAAGACUCUGGAAAACGGUCGCUCCCCACAAACCCACUCCCAAAUCCACUCAGCCUAGACUUUCAAGUGGGUUUCAACUGGUUUGCCGAAUGGUGGAGGGCCGAACAGUCCGUCGUUGAAGAGAAAGAACGUGUUAGGCUCGGUGGGCGUCGCCCAUCUGAUCGAGUCAAGGGAGAGCGCGAGGCCCGUGAUGAUAGAGACAAAGAGCGAUUGCAGAUCCAAGAAGCAUAUGAUACCUAUAAGGUGGAUCUCCAAAUUAAGCUGGCGCGCCAAUUCGUUCAACAGCACCGAAGUGAAGAAUGGUUCAAGGAGCGCUAUAUGCCGGAAGUGCGAAAUCCGCUCUAUGCCCGUUUCAAACAAUUUCGGAUAGGUGCAUAUACUCAAUGGGAGCGCGACAUCCAAACAGGUGUGUUCGAUGAUUUUACACUGGAGGGGAUUUACAAGAACGAAAGCGACGGUGCUGGCGGGGUGAUUGAAAAAGAGGAAGGCGAGACAACCGCUGUAGGUGAAACCAUGGGCGUACUGGACUUAUUACCCGUUCGAGGUGGUGAGCUCCGCGACGAAGCAUUAUCCCAGCCAGCGCUUCUCAUCAAGACCUUGGCCCCGAAUGUUUGCCGUGACAAGAUCGAGGAAUUUUGCAAAGAACAUCUUGGGGAGAAUGACGGUGGCUUCAAAUGGCUCAGUCUCAGUGAUCCCAACCCGUCUAAGAGGUUUCACCGUAUGGGUUGGAUCUUGCUUCACCCUGCUGUAGAUAGCAGCAGCGUGGAACGCGGCGAUGGUCGCGACGAAGAAGGCGACCAUAUGGACCAUGCCAAUACUGGGGAGGCCACCGGUACUGCGGAGAAGGCUCUGGAGGCCGUCAAUGACAAAACAAUUCAUGACCCUGUCCACGGUGACUUUGUUUGCCAUGUCGGUGUACAUGUUCCUCCAGCGCAACCUCGAAAGAAGGCCCUUUGGGAUUUGUUUUCCGCCCCCGAGAGAAUUGAGCGUGACCUUGAUCUUGCUCGCCGCUUGGUUUCUAAGCUUGACUCUGAAAUGGGUGAGGGUGUGGAUGGAUUUUCCAAAAUUGAAGAACGUAUUGAGGAUCUCCGAGGCAAGGGUUGGCUACAACCUCCUGUCACCGGUCCUGUCAGUGUUAAGAAGCACUCGAAUGGCUUUGGCGAAGAUGCCACCGAAGAAGGUGAAAUGGAAGAGGGCGAAGAAAAGGAGACCGUCGAAGAGGAUGACGAGGAUGACGAGGAAUUGCUAGCUAAGAAGAAGAAACUUGACUUCAUAGUUGAAUACCUCCGUCGAGUGUACAAUUUCUGCUUUUUCUGUGUUUUUGAGAGUGACUCCAUUCAUGAGCUCAGUCGCAAAUGCCCCGGAGGCCAUCUUCGCCGACCGCGCUCUGGUCUUUCAAGCCAGGCCAAGCAAGUUGCUCGUGCCAGUGCAUUAGGUCAUUCUUUCCCAGCCAAGAAGAAAGACGGCAACGAGGAGGCAGAGGAGCGAGGCUCUCCCAUUGCAGAGAAACGACCACAACGAUUGAACAAGACAGAACAACAGCUUCAGCGUGCCUUCAAUUGGGUCAAAACGUUUGAGGAGAAACUGUUACAGAUCCUGGAACCGGAAAACGUGGACUUGCGCAAGCUAGGGGGCAAGCCUGUAGACCAGGCAUUGGAUGAUGAGUUAUCGAAACACGUGAAACAAGAAGAUGACUCGCGCUACCGCUGCAAGGUGCCCGACUGCGCAAAGCUCUUCAAGGCAGAGAAUUUCUGGCGCAAACACAUCGAAAAACGUCAUACAGAAUGGCUUGAAACCAUACAGCGCGAGCUGGAACUUGUGAAUGCGUACGUUUUAGAUCCAUCACGCAUUGCUCCAUCACGAUCCGAUGCCAACAGUAACGGUCACUUUCCUAUGUCCUCUGGUGCAGGUCAGAGUGGCACCCCACGUGGCUUUAGCCUUACCAACGCGCCUUACGUCGGAAACCCCGGGGCUAUCCCUAGCGGGUUCCCCACAGCCGGGAUGCCCGGAUUUAUGGGACCCGGUGGUGGCUGGAACGGGAGUAUGCUCAUGGGAGGCGAUGGUGCGAGUCUUCAUCAACCAGGCGUAAUGCGCCGUGGUCAAAACCGUCACAACAACAAUCGCUCUGGACCGUAUGACCGCCGCCGCUACAAUGGCGGCAACGGCCGACUAAGCCCCGUUCGCAUGCCCAAUAUGUAUGGACCGGGCGCACGCCUUCCCCCAUCUGCUGGAAUUACAGUUCCCCCUGGUCACCCAGCUGCCAACAUGGUUGCUUCUAAUCCAUUCCCCGAUGCUAUCGGGGCUGGCGGUGGUCUGCAAGCUAUGCCCCCUCGGGAAGCUGUUCAAGGUCGUAGCUUGAAGAGUUACGAAGAUCUGGAUGCUGUGGGCGGCUCCGGCAGUGGCGAGCUAAACUACUAG